UUUGAAUUUGUGUGAGACACGUUGCACAUCUCAGCACAAAGUUUAUCAUCCCGAAGUGAAGUUAAUUUGAAGUUCUGUGAAAAUGGUAUGUAUAAAGUAUAAUUUGUAAAUGAUAGAAAGACCUAAGAAUGUAUGCACUAUAUUUGUUCAUUCUAUUAAGCGCAUUAAGUAGCUUUUCGUACGAAGAUAUAGAUGCCCUCUCGUAAACAUAGUAUACAGUGCUAUUUUUAGGCAAUCAACAUGUGGUAUGUCUGUUAAUCAUGACAGAGUACAUUAUCUAUUACGCACUUGUACCAUCUAGAAAAAUCUUUAUUACGCACGACAAAAUUUUUUAAGCUGUGCAUAUAUGUAUGCGCACAGCAUAAGAGAGAAUUGAUUUGAAAGAAGAGAAAUUUUGAAUUUGAAAUUUUUAGAUUCACAUUAUAAACUGUUUUAGUAGAAAAUUGCAAUGAAAAAGUAUGCAAAGUUCAACUCGUGAUUUACACACGUUGGCAGUCUCACGUGUUUCCGACUGGAGACCUAAAUAUUUUAAUAGUAUUUGUUGAUUUCAGUGGCGGAUCAAAUCAAAUAAUCCUUAUUUAGAGUCAGACAUGCGUGAAUGUAUAUCCAUCCAUGUUGGACAAGCUGGUGUCCAGAUAGGAAAUGCUUGUUGGGAGUUGUACUGCCUGGAACAUGGCAUUCAGCCAGAUGGACAGAUGCCAAGUGACAAGACCAUUGGGGGUGGAGAUGACUCCUUCAACACCUUCUUCAGUGAGACUGGUGCUGGCAAACAUGUACCAAGGGCAGUUUUUGUUGACCUGGAGCCAACUGUUGUUGAUGAAGUCCGCACUGGUACAUAUCGUCAACUUUUCCACCCCGAGCAGCUGAUCACUGGAAAGGAGGAUGCUGCCAACAACUAUGCCAGAGGUCACUACACUAUCGGAAAAGAAAUCGUUGACUUGGUUUUGGAUCGUAUCAGAAAAUUGUCAGACCAGUGCACUGGAUUACAAGGUUUCCUGAUAUUCCAUAGCUUUGGAGGAGGAACUGGGUCAGGAUUUGCUUCCUUGCUUAUGGAGCGACUGUCUGUAGAUUAUGGAAAGAAAUCCAAACUGGAAUUUGCCAUAUAUCCAGCUCCUCAGGUAUCUACAGCAGUAGUUGAACCUUACAAUUCCAUUCUUACCACCCAUACUACUCUGGAGCAUUCGGACUGUGCUUUCAUGGUUGACAACGAGGCAAUCUACGAUAUCUGUCGCAGAAACCUGGACAUCGAAAGGCCCACUUACACCAACCUGAACCGCCUGAUUGGUCAGAUUGUUAGCUCUAUUACAGCCUCACUUCGAUUUGAUGGAGCCCUGAAUGUGGACUUGACAGAAUUCCAGACCAACCUGGUGCCCUAUCCACGCAUUCACUUCCCACUUGUUACUUAUGCUCCAGUUAUUUCAGCUGAGAAAGCCUACCAUGAGCAGUUGUCAGUGGCAGAAAUCACCAAUGCCUGCUUCGAACCAGCAAACCAGAUGGUAAAGUGUGAUCCCAGACAUGGCAAGUACAUGGCCUGUUGUAUGUUGUACAGAGGAGAUGUAGUUCCAAAGGAUGUCAAUGCUGCCAUUGCCACCAUCAAAACCAAGAGAACCAUCCAGUUUGUGGACUGGUGUCCCACUGGAUUUAAAGUUGGCAUCAACUAUCAGCCACCCACUGCUGUUCCUGGAGGAGACCUGGCAAAGGUUCAGAGAGCUGUCUGCAUGUUGAGCAAUACCACUGCCAUUGCUGAGGCUUGGGCUAGACUAGAUCACAAGUUUGACUUGAUGUAUGCCAAGCGUGCCUUUGUUCACUGGUACGUGGGUGAGGGGAUGGAAGAGGGCGAGUUCUCUGAGGCCCGUGAAGAUCUGGCUGCUCUGGAAAAGGAUUAUGAAGAAGUUGGUUUGGACUCUGUUGAGGGAGAGGGUGAGGAGGAAGGUGGAGAUGAAUAUUAAGAACUUUAUAAGCAGUUGGCAUGGGAUUGUCCUGUUAAUUAUUGUUAAUAAAUUGUUUGGCUGAU